CGUACACUGUGCACGCGCUCCAUAACGCGACCAGCAGCGCGCGCGAUGAAACAAUGCGCGCGUUCUGCUUUUAUAGACACCACGGACUGUCGGUUUUUCGCGAAUAUGGCGAAGCGGAACUCCAGGAGAACAACUAAUUCAGAUAAAGUUGGCUAACUAACCCUUUACUUCUCUCGGCGUUUGGUUCGGAUUCAGUGAGGCUCCAGAGGUUUUUUGCCUGUGAGACGUUAAACUGAUAAACAACCUGUCGCCUCUAAUGAAGUCUUCAGUAUGGCAGUAGAAUUUAUUAAAAACUGCUGCAAGACUUUCCUGGUGAAGGAGAAAGAACCAGAGCCUCAAGUCAUUACAGUCCAACCGUUUCCAUCGCUGCCAGAGGCCGAAGUGAAGAAAAGUCCUUUGGGCGUCUCGGAGGAUUAUCUCCUUUCCAAAUUGCCUCACGAUGGCAAAGAAAUACCCUUUGUACUUCCUUUGUACAGAUCUUCCUAUGUACAGCCGCAAGGGAUGCAGUACUCCAGCUACCAGACCGGACUGCAAGGUUCAGCAAGAGCCACGUAUGCAGACAGGAAGGCGGAGCUAUCUUCUGCAGGUCAGUUCAUAUAUGACCCCACUUCGCUGUUUGCUCCUGGUCAUGUGAUCAGUUACGUAUCCCCGAGGACUGUGAGACGCCCCGUGCUGAGAGGUGGACAUGCGUCAGCCUCUGACCAGAGCAUGAAACAGAGACUCAGCACAUCCAUGUUGGAUCUGUCGAGCCCUCACAGCCACAUUCAGCGCUAUGACUCCGUGAAUAGUGUCCCGAGCAGCACAUCCUCCAUUCGGGAUUCCUUUGGGAGCAGCCGUAGCAUAGAAUCCAGCACAGUGUCAAGCGAUGACCGGGAGCGGGAUUUGGGAAAGGUGUGUGUGCGUUUGAGCUACCAGGAGGCAGUGGAGCAGGUGUGGAUAACGUUGGUGCAGUGUAAGGAUCUGUGUGUGUACUCGGACGGAGGUGAACAGCAGAAAGUCGGCUUUAAAGGGGUCAUCACCAUGGCGAAGCCUGUGCAGUUUAAGACUUCAGUAAAAGAGGCAACACAAGACUUGGUGUUUAUGGAGACGUUCGUAUUCACUCUAAACCUGGAGCAGCUGCGUGGUUGUGCCCUGGUGCUGCGACUGCAGACACACACCCCUCGCAAGCGCACGCAGGGCGAGUGUGUGUUUUCUCUCCGCACGCUCGCAUCGCAGGAGACUGAGUACUGGCUGGACCUGAGUCCACCCUGCAAGACACACGUUUGUCACGCCGAGCUCCAGUUGUCCACAUGCUUCCAGCCGGUCAGCAGCCGGAUUCAGCUCCAGAUCCUCACCGCUCAGAACCUGCCAUCAUCAUCCUCACUCCUCACACAGAGUUUCUUUGUGAAAGUCGAGAUGUUCAGCGACGGACGAUUUGUAAUGAAGAAGAAGACAAAGCUGGUGAAGCCGUCUGGGGGGCAGGUGCAGUGGGCGGAGUCGGUGCUCUUGCCAAUUACAAGUCAGGACUGCAACAUUCAGCUGCUAGUCAAACUCUACAGCCGCGGAUCCAUACGCAGGAAGUACCUGCUCGGACAGGUCGUCCUGGGUUUUGACAGCUCGACCACGGACGCUGUGGAGCAGUGGAGCGACUCCAUCACACACCCAGAGAAAGUGGUUACCGCAUGGCACAGACUGAGCCACUCCUGAGAGAGAUUACAGAGAGAGGGAGAAACAGGAGGAAAGACAAACAGGUCCUGGGUGUGCACCUAACACCAGACACGGGACUGGAGCGAAACACAAAUAGACACACGCGUACACACACGUAUACUGGGAUAUCUACAAAGUUAUUCAUAAACUGAUCAUAGAUGAACUCUGGUGUUCAUGAUGAUCCAGUUAUUUAGGGGAAAUGUUUGUAUCCUAUGUUUGUUCUUAAAGGUCCGUAGAAGUACCGUAUUACUGUCUAUGAGUUCCUGUGAUUAUAUUUAUGGAAAAGCAAUUAUUUAUUUGUACCAUGCUAUUUUAGUUAACAUUUUGUGAAGCUUACAAAUUAGAUUAUAUUAAUCAAAAGGAUGUGAAAAUUAUGGCAAAUAUGAUUUAAAAAAACACAAAUACAACAAAAAUAUCGGCACCCUGUAAAAGAGAUUUACAUACAAUAUUUGUGUGUCUAUGAUGGCUGAUCUGCUGCAUUACUGCAAGCUUUAAGUCCAGUUCACGUUGUUCACAAUUCUUUGCUAUGGGUCCAAAAUUAGGGCUUGUUGUGGUUAUUUUGCCCUCUAAGAUUAUCAUCUAUGGUGCAGCAAUGAAUUGCUAAAGGCAGAGCUUCUGCGAAAUACACUGGUACCACAUAAUGCUGCAAAAAAACUGAGGAUUUGGUCUGGUAACCAAAUUUAUAUAUAAAUCCUCAUAUAUAGGGCUAUUCCAGCAAUACCGGGACACAGGAUGAAAUUUCUGGUGAAUAAGAACAUAAAGCCGAUUGACAUUUACCGAAGACUUAAAGCUCAGAUGAUGGGACUCUUGGAUACAACGUUUGAAUGGUGCAAAUGUUUUAAAGAAUGCAGUAUGUCUAUGAAUAAAAAUCCUUACUCCUAGGUGGCUCAGAGCUGCAGUCGUUCCUGUGAAAGUUCAACUGUGAGGAACGGUAAAUGUUUGUUACCAGUGAAACCAACCUGGCACUUAUACCCGGUGUAGACCUAAAGUACUAAGCCACGAUCUUAUUGUACAACUACACCUAGGCUUACAGCCAUUUGUGAAUUCAUAGAGACCCAUAGCAAUAAAAAAGAAAUCAUGAAAGUGGGAACUGCACUUAGGUUACCAUGUUGUAAUUUUCAGCUCUCAGAUAUUAUUGAGCUUAAUGAGCAUGGCUAAAUGUAAAUGCAGCUUGACCAUGCCUGGUUAUUUACAGCUAAUCAGCAUUUAUAAACACACCCAUGUGAGUAAGAAUCUUUUUUUUUUAAUAUUUACACGAAAUUUUACUGAAUGAUUGAUAACCCGCUGCUCUUCAUGUAUACGUACAGUAUGAUACAUACAUACAUACUAUAUUCACCAUGUCUUUGCCUGAGUAUUAAAUAUGCUUAUGCUAUGAAGGUGUUCUUUAUUAGCUCUAGAACAAUUUAAACAAAGGCUCUAUAGCCUCUGGUGGCUUCUGUUCCUUUCAGUUACACAUAAGAAGGCGUGGCCUGUGUCUGCCAGUUUCACUCGACUAUUUAUUAAUUGGCAGUCCUAAUGGUAAAGGCGUCACACUGAAAAAAAAUAUCUGUAUCUGAAAAGCUUCAUGAAGGAAAAAUAGAUUCGGUUCUGGUCUAUACCAGUGAUGGGGGUGUGGCUUCUGUGGCCAUCAGUUCUAACGAGGAGGUGUGGCCUCUGUACUUGUCAGUUACCCUUCUGGACGAGUUUUUUUUUUUUUUUUUGCUUGUCUGUUCUAUAAAGAGGCAUCACAUCGUUUAAGUGAAAGUGAAAUCUCUAGCAAGGAGUAGAUGAAAAUCUUCCAUGCUGUUGAUUAAGUGUUAGAUUUGGGCAGGUUAAUGAUGGGACUGUAGCUUUCUUAGAGAAGGAGUUGUAAUUUAAUGUUACCUAAACAUAAAAGUCCUCACUAUCUAGGGCCCUUGUUUCUGGGUCACAGGCAGCUGAUCAGACUUUGAUUUCUUUCUUUUUUUUUUUCUUUUUUUUUCAAAAAUAUAUAUAUUUUUUUGAAAAAAUAAAUGGAUAAUGGAUCAAAUUUAAGGAAAAUUCAAUCCUUUAGUCUGUCCUGUUUUACAAAGAAAGAGAGAGAGUGUGUUUGUGUGUGUGUGGGAAAGCAAGAGGACAAAGAAUGCCCUUGUUUGUUACCAUGAAGUAAAGAGAAAGUGUUCAUCUUUCUUAACAAAAACCUCUGAUGUUCCUGGAACUAACUUUAAAUAACCAUUUUAUUGUUGCACAUGUACACACUAACGUCACGUUUACGCAGAGCAGUAGAUCGUACGUGUGUCUUUAACGGUAUG